AUGGCGGCGCCGGUUGCCGGCGGUGGGACCGGUUGGCUCGAACCACGUGCGUAUUGCGCCGUGCAGCCGCUCCCGUACAUUGUUUGUCAACAAAUGCCCUAUGAAGCGUGUGAGAGAGUACGCAUGCGCGGGCGGGAGACCACAACGACGCGCACACUUCUCGGGGGGACGGCACGGGGCGAGGGGCGGGCGGUAAAAUGCGCCGCAUCGGCACCGCCUGGCCCGAGCCGGCUGUUUUCGUCAGUUGGAUUUCAGAACAUCGAAUGGGCGGGCGUGUGUAGGAUGGAUCGC